UGUAACCGGCGGUGCAAUAUAAAAACGCCUCUAAAUGUUAGACUUGUGGACAACACUGGGUCUUAUAGCGGCCACACUGAUACUUGCAUAUUUAUACGCUGUGAGGAAUUAUGACUAUUGGGCAAAAAGAGGAAUCCCUUUCAUUGAGCCAGUCCCCCUUUUUGGUAACAUGAUCGACGCAAUAUUGCAGAAGAAAUCCUUUGCUGACUUGUUCGCCGAACAAUACAAUCAGCUGAAACCACAUGGGUUCGGGGGCAUUUAUGAGUUCAUGAAACCGACACUCAUAGUGACUAGUCCUGAGCUGCUCCGCGACAUAGCUGUUAAAAAUUUUGAUUUUUUCCACGACCGGAGAGUAAUUGUUUCCAAAGACGCCGACCCAUUGUUUGCUCGCUCUCUUCCAAGUUUGGAGGGUGAAGAGUGGCGCGAAAUGAGAAACAAACUAAGCCCAGCAUUCACCGCAAGCAAACUGAAGCUCAUGUUCCCGAACAUUAGCAAGUGCGCCAGUCAGUUCGCCAAGUUCCUAAUAACCAGGGAAGGAGCCAAAACCCAACCCAUCGAGUUUAAGAGCACCUUUACCCGUAUGACAAACGACGUGAUUGCAACUACUGCCUUUGGGGUGGAAACCAAUGCCGUGCAAAAUCCAGAGGAAAGAUUUUACAAAUACGCACAUGUCAUGACAAACUUUGGGCCCCUGCGUAGUUUGAUUGCAUUGGGUUUCGUGGUGUUUCCUAAGCUGAUGGUGGCUUUAGGACUAUCGUUAACGCCUAAGGAGGCGUCAAAUUACUUUGAACAACUCAUCAAAGGCACGAUGGAGUACAGAGAGAAAAAGAACAUUUCACGGCCAGACAUGCUACAACUUCUGAUGGCCGCGCAGAAAGGCAAGCUCAAAAAAGAGGGUGGAGAAGACGUGGGGACGAUUGGGGAAGACAAUGCUGACUCUGAACUGCAUAAAAAACACAUGGCAUCGAAGACGGGUGGCUCCAAUAAGAUAACCGAUCAAGACAUUGCAGCUCAAGCAUUUUUCUUUUUCUCCGCUGGGUAUGAUUCAGUGUCCACCGUUCUCGCCUUUUUAUCCCACGAGCUUGCAGAAAAUCAAGAGGUCCAAGAACGCCUUCGUGAAGAGGUGGAUGCCACAAUUCAGGACGGACCUUUGUCCUACGAAUCAGUAAUGGGAAUGAAAUACCUGGACAUGGUUGUCUCCGAGAUUCUGCGGAAAUAUCCACCAGCUGUGGGAACUGACAGAGUCUGCACUAAAAAUUAUAAAAUACCUGGAACCGACAACGUGAUUCCAGCAGGGACGGUCCUCUCAGUGCCCAUCUACCCUUUGCACAGGGACCCUGAAUAUUUCCCUGCGCCUGAGAAAUUCGACCCAGAGCGUUUCUCUGAAGAAAAUAAAGCCAACAUCAAACCUUACACGUAUUUACCUUUCGGAGUUGGUCCCCAUAACUGCAUAGGGAUGCGAUUUGCUCUGUUGGAAGUCAAAUUAGGCGUCAUUCAUCUGUUGGCCACGUGCAAACUGAGAGUGUGCACCAAAACGGAAAUCCCACUGCGACUGUCUAAAAAAUCUUUUGCAAUGACCACAGAAAAUGGAUUCUGGUUGCUCGCCAUUCCGCGGGAAAAUCCAUCUUUGGAAGUCAACAACUACUUCACCAGCACCAGCAGUCAGAGGGAGAGCGCGAGUGCAACUGGAAUCAUGUUUGAAUGUUGGACAACGCUGGGCCUUAUAGCGGCUACAUCAAUCCUUGCUUUUUUAUACACCGUGAGAAACAAUGACUAUUGGGCAAAAAGAGAAAUUCCCUUUAUCAAGCCAGUUCCUUUCUUUGGAAGCAUGAUUGGGACUGUGUUUAAAACAAAAUCAUUUGCUGACGUACUUGUUGAUAAUUACAAGCACCUGAAACCGAACGGAUUUGGGGGUGCUUUUGAGUUUAUGCAGCCAAUAUUCAUGGUAACUAGUCCUGAGCUGAUUCGUGACAUCACGGUAAAGAAUUUUGAUUUCUUCCACGACAGAAGAAUGAUUGUAACGAAAGACACUGAUCCUCUGAUAGCUCGCUCUCUUCCUGGUUUAAAAGGAGAUGAGUGGCGCGAAAUGCGUAACAAACUAAGCCCAGCAUUCACCGCCAGCAAACUGAAACUCAUGUUUCCGCGCAUCAGCAAGUGUGCCAGUCAGUUCGCCGAGUUCCUAACAACUAGAAAGGGAGCUAAAGACCAACCCAUCGAGUUCAAGAGCACAUUUACCCGUAUGACGAACGACGUGAUAGCAACUACUGCUUUUGGGGUGGAAACCAAUGCCGUGCAAAAUCCAGAGGAAAAAUUCUACAAAUAUGCACAGAAAUUAACUGACGUCGGACCCGUUCGCACAUUGAUUGCUUUGUGUCUGAUGGUAUUUCCAAAGCUAUUGAGCUCAAUGGGAUUCUCGUUUACGUCCAAAGAUGUGACAAGCUACUUUCAGCAACUGAUUAAGGGUGCAAUGGAGCAUAGAGAGAAGAAGAAUAUCUCACGGCCGGACAUGCUCCAGCUUUUGAUGGCCGCACAGAAAGACAAGUUAAAAAACGAGGCCGAUAAUGAGGCUGUGGGAAUGAUUGGAGAAGAUGACGCUGACUUCGAUCUGCACAAAAAACAUAUGGCGUCCAAGCAGGGUGACUCCAUUAAGAUGACAGAUGAAGACAUCGCGGCUCAAGCAUUUGUUUUCUUCUUUGCUGGAUAUGAAACAGUAGCCACCGCUCUCGCUUUUUUAGCUCAAGAGCUGGCUGAAAAUCCAGAGGUCCAAGAGCGCCUCCGAGGAGAGGUAGACGCAACUGUUGAAGAAGGUCCUUUGUCAUACGAGUCUGUGGUUGGAAUGAAAUACCUUGAAAUGGUUGUCUCCGAGACCCUACGAAAAUAUCCACCAGCUGUGGGAACUGACAGAGUCUGCACUAAAAAUUACAAAAUUCCUGGCACCGACAAAUUGGUUGAGGCUGGAAUUGUCGUCUCAGUGCCCAUUUACCCUCUGCACAGGGACCCUGAAUAUUUCCCUGAGCCAGAGAAAUUCGACCCUGAACGGUUCUCUGAAGAAAACAAAGCCAACAUCAAGCCUUACACGUAUUUGCCGUUUGGGGCUGGGCCGCACAACUGCAUCGGAAUGCGAUUUGCCCUACUGGAGGUCAAACUAUGCGUUAUUCAUCUCUUGGCUACAUGCGAACUGAGGGUGUGCACUAAAACGGAGAUUCCUCUACGACUGUCGAAAAAAUCUUUUGCUGUAACCACUGACAAUGGAUUCUGGUUGUUAGCUAUUCCGAGAGAAAAUACAUCAAUGAAGGAGCAUCAUGGAUAGCCCAACACAAAUCGCAUAUAGCUCUAGUAGUUAUUUGUGCAAACAAUUUGUGUAAGUACAGUGUCAAAAAAUUCAAAAGCACGCAGGAAAGGGAGAUGCUUCAGGCAAAGCCAAUUGAAUUCCCUGCCACGGAGGACGAGGCCUAAUUAAGCCCAAGCUGGAUUUAAGGAAUUACGUAGAGAGAUGAUUCUCUUACAAGGUCAAUCUAUUAGAAGCUGCAAGUGUUUACAAAGCCGCGUGGAGGAUUACGUCACGAAGGAGCCACUCGAACCAACAGAGGCGCACAAAAUCAAUUUUGCUUGCUGCUCGCGUCAUUGGCGCCAAGGAAGUUGAUCCGAGCAGCAGGAAACUUAUUUUUCCAUAUAUCUGAUAUACUUUUGUUCCAUCAAUUUCAUUUCAAGCAGGAGCGUCAUCAU